UGGUUCCACUGGAGGAAAGCACACCCAGGUCUCACAUUAAAGAAGCCAAACUGUCUGCUUCAAAGAAAAAAGGCAACAUCCUGUCACAGGCCAUGCUCUGGCAAAAACCCACAGCUCCAGAACAAGCUCCGGCCCCACCUCGGCCAUACCAGGGUGUCCGAGUGAAGGAGCCAGUGAAGGAACUGCUGAGGAGGAAGCGUGGCCAUGCCAGCAGCGGGACAGCUGUUACACCUACUGCGGUGGUGCUGCCCCAUCAGCCCCUGGCGACCUACACCACAGUGGGUCCCUCCUGCCUUGACAUGGAAGUUUCUGCUUCUACAGUGACGGAGGAGGGGGCCCUAUGUGCUGGCUGGCUUUCCCAACCUGCCCCUGCCACUCUCCAGCCCCUGACCCCAUGGACACCCUACACUGAGUAUGUGUCCCAUGAAGCUGUCAGCUGCCCCUACUCAGCUGACAUGUAUGUGCAGCCCGUGUGUCCGAGCUACACGGUUGUGGGGCCCUCCUCAGUGCUGACCUACGCCUCCCCUCCGCUCAUCACCAACGUCACGACAAGAAGCGCUGCCACACCCACGGUGGGACCCCAGCUGGAGGGCCCAGAGCACCAGGCGCCCCUCACCUAUUUCCCGUGGGCUCAACCUCUUUCCACGCUGCCCACCUCCACCCUGCAGUACCAGCCUCCAGCCCCAACCCUGCCUGGGCCUCAAUUUGUCCAGCUCCCCAUCUCUAUUCCUGAACCAGUCCUUCAGGACAUGGAUGACCCCAGGAGAGCCAUCAGUUCCCUGACCAUCGACAAGCUGCUCUUGGAGGAAGAAGAUAGCAACACCUAUGAGCUUAACCACACCCUCUCCGUGGAAGGCUUUUAGGGCUGGAUCCCACUUGAGAAUCCUUUCCCCUGAAACUGGGAUUU